AUGGACCGGAUGACAAGGAGAAGCGGCUGCUGCGGCCUGGUGGAGACUCUGCUCAAGUACGGCCCGGAUGACAAAGAGAAGCGGCUGCUGCGGGGCGCACGUGCAUGGGCGCAUGUGUGGUGCGAGUGGUGUGACAGCCUGGUGGGGUCUCUGCUCAAGUACGGCCCAGACGACAAGGAGAAGCGGCUGCUGCGGGAGUUUAAGGGGAAUGUGGAGGAUUUGGGUCCGUGCGAACAGUUGUUCCGCGCAUUGCUGGGGGUGCAGCGGCUGGAGCCAAAGCUCAAGCUGUUCCGCGCAUUGCUGGGGGUGCAGCGGCUGGAGCCAAAGCUCAAGGUGCUGCAGUACCGGAUAUUCCUGGCAGAGCGGGUGAGUGGAGUGGAGGCGAGAGAAUCGGUAGGCGUGUGGGUGUUUGUGUGGACAUGGGUUAGGUCGGCUGAACCGGUGCAGCGGCUGGAGCUGAAGCUCAAGGUGCUGCAGUACCGGAUAUUCCUGGCAGAGCGGGCACCAGAGCUUGCGGACACAAUCAAGUUCGUCACCCUGGUCUCACAAAAGGUGGAGUCCACACCAUGCUUGAUCCUCUCUCCUCCCUUCCGUUCCUGCCUUGUCUGUUGUGCUCCCUCUCCCGCCUCCCCCAUCCACCAGGCACCAGAGCUUGCGGACACGAUCAAGUUCGUUACUCUUGUCUCACAAAAGAUACAAGAGUCUCAGAAGCUGCAGCACGUGCUGCUGGUGGUGCGAGAUAUUGGCAACAAACUUAAUGAGGGCACCAAGAAGGGCAAGGUGGUGGGGUUUGCAGCCAACGAUCUGAACAAGGUGGCCAACACCAAGGGCUUCAUGGCGUACCUCAUUAAGGUGGUGGGGUUUGCAGCCAACGAUCUGAACAAGGUGGCCAACACCAAGGGCUUCAUGGCGUACCUCAUUAAGGUGCUGAGCGAGUGCCGCCCCAAGUGGCUCUACUUCUGGAAGGACUUCACAGACGGGUCUCUCCCCUCCUCCCCGUCCCCUCCUUGUAUCAUAUGA